AUGGAGCAAUUAUCAACUCUUCUAGAAGAGCUGAAAAAUGAAAAUCAACUUCUACGUGAUGAAGUAGACAUCCUUAAGGGUAAAGUGUCAUGGCUCGAAUCUCUUGAUUCAUCUUCUCUGAUCUCCUUUGUUGUUGCCCAGGUCUUGUAGAAAUCAUUCAAACGAGAAAGAUACUCAUCCAAUGAUUUGAUUUAUGGCGUACCUGAAUCAUCUUCUACUACCACUUCCCAAUGUAUCCUUAACGAUACAUCUAUUUUUGAGGAAAUUGUGUUGCUGUUUUCUAGCAUGUUUCCUACUUAUUAUAAACUGGUUCGCCUUGGUAAAUUUCAACCUGAUACCCAUUUUCAUCUUAAGUUAAUUUUGGAUCUAAAGAUAAUGCUUUAAGUUUGUUAUCAUCCUACAGUGAUGCUAAAAAAGUGGUUCUAACUUCCCUCCAAAUUUUUGGAUUGUAAAGGAUAAAACUCCUUAAAAGAGUGGACUGCUGCGUAAUUGUCACUUUGAACUGGAACGUAGGUCUUAGGUUGGUGAAAUUGGACUGCCGAUAUCCUACAUUGAUGGUGUACCCAAAGUCACGCUAAACCAAUCAAUUAAUAAAAAUUUUUCCCGACGAUCAGUUAACAUCAACCCUUAAUCUCUUCACCUUUAAUUUAAACAGCUUCUGGUUUUUACCAAAACUUAGGACUAAACUUGUAAAUUUUCAAUGUAAUUUGACUUGAAUUACUUUUGAUUUUCGUAUGCUAACUGAAACAUGGUUGAAUGUUUCUCAUUCUGACAAUGAAAUCAGUCUUGCAAAUAAUAAUUUAUAAAGAUAUGAUAGAUGUGCUAAUACUAGUAAUUGUUUAAGGAGUGGCGGACUUCUUAUUGGUUUACGUAAAGAUUUCCCAUAUAAACUUAUUACUGUUCCCAAUAUUAAUUUUGAACACUUGUAUGUCGAGUUUUCUAGGUUUUUAAUUAGUUGUGCAUACUCUUCUCCUCAGCGUUCGUCUUUAUUAUUUGAAGUCUUUAUGUCUAGUCCAUACCACACGAGUCCAUUAUUCAAUUAUAUCCAUACCACACCUUCAUAAUAUACAAUAACUUUAAACUACCAGAGAUUUCUUAAUUAUUCGUCUUCCUCUUAUUUUUGCACUCCAUGUCUACCUGAAAUCUUUGCUUUCAAUGGCUGUUUCCGAAAACACUCUAUUUUCAAUUCAAAGUGUUCAUCCUUGAUUUAGUUUCAGCAGUUCUAACUCUGUUAUAGUAAGCGAAUCUUUUGACAUAUUUGUCCCUUCUGAUUUUUACCAUCUUCCACUUAGCAUAUCGAUACCUGACGUCUAUUCUCCUUCCUUGUUUGAUAAUGAAUAAUUUUAUUCAUUAUUAUUAUUAUUAUUAUUAUUUACUGUUAUUUUUAUAACUUCCGCAAAGUAAAUUAUAGUCAAAUUAUAGCAUUCUUAUCAUCUUUUGACUGGUUUUCUACCCUCUCGAAACUUGACCUUAAUGCUACCACAUUUACUUUCACUGAUGCUCUUGAUAACUCCAUCUUACGUUUCAUCCCUGUGUCUUGUUUUUUUUAAAUCAACUUUUCCUCCAUGGGUUACCAAAGAUCUUAAAGACUUAGUGUAUCGUAAAAAUAUAGCACAUGCUAAAUUCAAAUCAUCUUAUGACUCUAGCUAUUAUAAAACUUCUUCCCUGCUCCGGGCUGAAUAUAAAUAUGCAUCCAAAAAUGUUUCAAACUCUUUGUUGAACGUACAGAGAUAUUUCAAUUUAAGGAACAUAAUAAGUUCUGGGACUUUAUACACAAAAAUUGCACCCAAAUUCUUGUCCCGAAAUCGGUUUCUUUUAACUUUCACUAGCUUUUACGAACGGGAAAAUGUUAAUCUGUUUUCUGAAUAUUUUUCAUCUGUUUACUCUUCAAAACUGAUUGAUAUUAACUUGCUGUCCUUAAAAAUACCGUCCUUUGAUUUACCUAACUUUUGUAACUUCUCCUCGAAUGACGUUCUCCUAAAACUAACAACUCUUAAGAAUAUAUCUUCUGUUGGUCCUGAUGGUAUACCACGUUAACUACCUUGCUUUAUGAUUUAUUUACCUUAGAUCAUAUGAAAAUAUUUUCCCAAAUGUAUAGAAAAUUGGAUCCAUCAUUCCUAUUUUAAAGUCUAGUUACCCUUCUCUGGUGACUAAAUAUAGGCCAAUUUCUAUUCUUAGUCAUAUUCCAAAAAUACUUGAGUCUUUCGUCUUAGAUGCUAUUCAGCCCUCAGUCAAUCUAAUUUUAAUUAAUGAAUAAUACGGAUUUCGUCUGGGCCAUUCUACUACAACAUGUAACCUUUCUUUUUGCAACUAUAUUUUUAAUAUUUCUAUCGAUUCUAAUUUAUGCAAUCUUGGCUUUAUUUUUUCUCCUUUCUUUGUCCUUGAUCAAAUAUUGACGAUAUCACCUACAAAGUGUUUAAGGUUUUAGGUUUUAUUAAAAGAACAGCAAAUGAAUUCAAACUCUCCUACUCUCUUAUAUCACUUUUCUGUUCUAUUGUUAGAACUGUUAUUGAACAUGGCUCGGUUUUUGGGAUCCUCAGACUAUGGACGCUCGCAAACAACUCGAGCGUGUUCAGCGCAGAUUUCUUAGUUUCGUAAAGUAUACUUUUAAUAUUAAUUAUGUACCUCACGACUACACUCCCGUCCUCCGUUUUUUUAAAUCUCACUACCUUAGCCAAUCAUUUUCAUCAUCUUAAGAAAUCUUUUCUCCAAAAAUUUCUCUCUGGCUAAGUUGACUCUCCUUCCAUCCUUGUACUUUUAAAUUUUAAGGCACCAACUCAUAUCCGGAAUUAUAAUUUUUUGUUACUCCGCGUUACCUAACCAACAAUUUAAGAAACGAGCCUCUCACCAGGAUGAUGUGUAUAGCCAAUGAAAACCCGUCAUUUUUCCUGUAAGUUAAUUUUUGUUAUUUUUGUUUUUAAAUUUUUGUUUUUUGUUCUUAAUUUAAUUACACCAUACUAUGUAUCAGAAUGUAUUUUGUUUUGAAAUUUUUGUAAAUUAAGCUCCAGUUUUAAUACAUAAGAAUCUCGAUAACGACGAUUUAUCUUUCGGCAUUUUGAUAAAAAUAAAGUAAUUAAAACGCGAAUUACAACUGAAAGUACAUACGAACGCGACUGAAUUAAUGGCAAUAGUCACUGGUGGUAAUCAAUAUUUUCUUACAUUGGUAUAUGUAUUUUAUUUCAUCGAUUAUUAAUCUAAGGUCAUAUUUGAGAAAACCGGUUAUACCUACAAGUAUACUUACAAAAUGUAUUUUAAUAUUAAUCGAAACAAUAAAAAUAUAAUAUUUUCUUCUUAUAUUACAAUAGUGUAUAUUUCAAAACCCUCAAAUAAAUAAAAAAGUUCCAGGUAAAUUUAAAGAUAAACUUAAUGGUUAAAUAAUGACUGAAUUUGUUGGAUUAAAGUCUUAACUAUAUACAUUUAAAGUAUUUGAAAAUAAAAAUGAAAUUUAAAAGCAAAAGAUGUAAAAAAACUUAUAGUUAAAAAUUAAUUAUGUUUUAAUGAUUUUUAUAAUUAUUUAAAAAAUAAAAAACCAAAAUAUGUAAAACAGAACACUUUUAGAACAAAUAAACAUAAUAUUUAUACCGUUCAACAAAACAAAAAAGCUCUUAGUGCAUAUGAUGAUAAAAUAUAUAUUUUAGAAAAUGGUAUUGAUAUUGUAGCUUGAAGACAUUAUUCAACAAAAAUAGAAAGAGAAAAUUCUAGCAAAAGGUUUAUGUGAAAAUAGUUUUUUAAACCUUUGCCCGGCUAGCUCAAUCGGUAGAGCAUGAGACUUUUAAUCUCGGGGUCGUGGGUUCGAGCCCCACGUUGGGUGCCACUUUGUAAUAAAGUAAAUAUAAGGGUACAAAAUAAAUAAAUGUAAACCCACUAAUCACUUAGAUUACUUAUUACAGCCUACGACGGUAAGAAACAAUAUAAGAUAUACACUAUGAAGGGUAACAAUAAUAAACUUACCUAUCCUGAACGGAGUAUUCUCAGCAACAAUGUUGAGUUUAAAUACAGGUAUAAUUAUAUUUAUUUAUUAUUUUGAUGAAAAUAGGUAAUAGGAAUGAUAAAAUAAACACUUGAUUAAAUUAAAAAUGAUGAUAUCGGAAUGUUAGAAGCCGGAACCACCCGCACUCGCGGGAAGAUGAAAAGGAUAACGAGUCGCUAAGGCAGGAUCCGGUGGCCAAAUGAGUCGAGAAGUCUCUUAUGAGAAAGAAAGGGGAAAAUAGUGGAGUGGUGUUGUCCGGUUCUCAUUAUCAUGUUUUAUUAUUAUAUGAGAUAUUUAACUGUAAUACAUACUAUUUGUAUUAAUCUAAUAUAUUAUAUAUAUUAUACAUAUAUAUAUAUAUAUAUAUAUACUAUAUAAUCUAUUAUAUUAUGAUAUAUACCAUAUUGUAUAUAUCAUUGCAAAAACUAAUAUUUUUCUCUUGUUUUGAUAUAAGAAUUUAACCUUUUGGCCUUAUAAAAAUAUGUGAAUGGAGAUUAGAAAUUAAUCUUUAAAAUACAUUAAAUAUUACUAAAUUACAUUUCUUUAAUUUUAUUUUUUUUAAUUUAUUCUUUUUAACAUAAGUAUGUAAAUAAAAAACAAUAUGAACGGAGAUCUGAAAUUAGUUUUGAAAAAUGAAAAUAUCUGGCUGCGCCAGGAUCCCCAUUUCUCUACUAUAUAUAUAUAUAGGAUGAUUUUUUUAUCAUGAACCAGCAAUUAUCUUAACGUUUUUUAAGUUAAUUUGAUUUCGGAUUUUUCUAAUCAUUAUGGAUCCGUUUUUACAUUAUUUUAAAACCAUUUUUAAUUUUUUACCCCUACUCCAUAUACCUUAAAUAAGUACAUAUUUUUAAUUUUCAAAUAAGAGUCCCCUUUUUUGAACACAGGUUUGACUAGAGAAUAUUUUUCUAGAAAUUUUGAUAUGCAUAACACUUAUAUCAAAUUUAUCAUUUAUGAGUUAUAACAGUUUAAAGUUUAGACCAAAGGAGUAGGGAAGGGUUAUAAAUUACGUAUCUACUGGAUUUACUGGACAAUAAUUUAAGGUCAUCCAAUUUUCAACAUUAAUCGUAACAUAAAUUAAUAAAAAACAGGAUCGGUGUUAUUGAUUCUUUCUGGUAGAAAAUGUAGGUCAAUCUCGGAUUUUAACUGUAUAUUCAUACAUCAGUGUUUUUGUGCGUGGACACGAUCCCGGCGCAUGCGUAGUAGGUUAAGAAAUAAAAAUCGAUUUCCACAGCUCUUAGUUGUGUCCAUCUCUGCUAUAGGGUUCAGUGUUUCUUCUCCCACAGAACUACGCAGUCGUAUGGACGCAUUUGAUGAUUUUUGUUACCAACUAUUAGCAAUCACAACGGUUCCGGUUGUCGAUAUCGCAUUCACGAUCAGUUGGUUGAGUUUUGUUAACAAAUAAAAAUCUAAGUUUUAUUUGACCAUUAUUAAUUCAGCUUUACUAUAGUCACUAUAGUACUAAACGACGGAUCUGGUAAUAUAAGCUAAAUUGAAUAAUGAUUAACUUGCAUGCAACUAACAUUAGUUUUGAUAGUUACAACACAGUUAAAUAAAAAUAUUUUUUUUGUAUUUAACGUCCCUAAUAAAAUCAUCUUCACCAGUAAUUCAAUAUUAAAUCGUAAUUUGUAUUGCUUGAUUAUCAUUUAUUUCAUAUAAUUUAGUCGUCAUCGUUCACAUUAACGACCACGCUACACCCAGAGAACGCUGCGGUCGAGCUUUGCGAGUUUGGCAGAUUUGAUGAUGAAUUCAGUGUUACAACAAGUGGAGAUGUUGGGUGAUUAUUACACCAGAGCACUAGAGUUCCUGUCAUCUUUGGGGAUAGAAUUUGAAACGUAUGUGUUAUCAGUAUUUAUUUUAUUAUAACAUAAAUUCAUUACAUAAAAUAUCGUGAUUUGAAUAAAGAUGGUAAUAACGAAGGUACAUAUUUCUUGAAAAAUUAAGAAAAUAUUUUACAUUAUUUAUUUCGUGAAACCGUCAUUUAGUUAUAUAGAUUGGUUUAGCGACUAGUAAUGGUUGAGAUUGACAACGGUGCUUUGAUGACGUUAAUGUCAUUUAGGUUGUAUAUUAUGGCGGUGCAACUGUAGUAAAAGAUUUUACUUGGGCUUGCAAAAACGAAUAACAUAUAAAGUUCCAACUCCAUCUUGUGUCCACUGUUGUGUGCGUAAUUUUAUCUUGAUAAUAUCAGAUGCCGUUUAGAGUAACUAAAAAGUGUUAAUGUCUUUUUAAACUGUUCGGAUUCUAUUAAGUUCAUUGUAGUUCAAAUGCACCAAGAUAAAUAAGAUGAUAAAAUUAAACAGAAUCCUAAAAAAAAGUAUGCCCUACUCGCAAAGAAUCACGAUAUGUGUCUAUUUAUGCCUUAAAAGUAAAAUUUAUCGAUAACUUUAAAUUGUUAAGCAAUAUUUACUUAUCAAGACAAAAAAAAAAAAAGAAAGAAAUACCUAUUGCAAAUACUCUCAAAAAAAUUGAAUUAUUAUUAUUAAAUUAUUUAAUUUGUUUUGUUGUUAUGCUUGUGAAAAAAAAUAUUAGGAUCAUUAUAUGAAGUAGCAUAGUCUUUUCAAUGUAAAAAUACUAAUUUACAUUAUGCUUAUCAACAUUUAUAUGAGGCUAAUUUAUUGUAUUAUUAAAAAUUCAAGAAAUGAGUAUGAUGAUUUAAUAUUAACAAGUCACAAUAUGUUUGGUAAAUGAAGAAUUUCAAAAUAUUACUAUUAAGUUAAUUUUAAAAUUCCAAAAUAUUUCGAUGAAGUUGACGGUGGUGAACGAUUACAUGUUACAAAGAGAACUUUUCAGUUCGAGUUUUAUUACCAGUAUAUGCUAUUAUUUUUCAACUUUCUAAUAGAUUUUAGGCAUUAAAAGAAAUAACUGAAAACUUUGAUUUUUUUUUACAACCCGUUAAUUUAGUUAAGUUUAGAUUAGUUAUUAGUUAAUUUAUCUGAAGAUGACCUAACACAAUUUUACCCAAUUUCAAAAAAAAUUAUAUAAACUUAGAUUUAAUCAGGCAAUUUCAAUAAGAGGAUUAACCUAUUAAUUAACAUUUAUGAAGUCAAAAGUAUCGAAAAUUAAAAUUAAACAUUUUUAAAAAUAUUUUAACUGCAACCUUAAUUUAUCUCACAUUACCUGUAAUAGUUACGUCAACUUAAAGAUCGUUUUCUAAACUGAAUCUUAUUAAAAACUACCUAAGGUAGUUAAAGGUUAGGUUAGGUCCAACUUAAAGGUUAGAAAAGUUAAGUUUUAUUAGCACGUAUUUUUUUUUUUUUUUUUAUUAUAGACAAUAGUUAUAAUUUAUAAAUGAUGUGAAUUUUUUACAAACUUCUCUAUUCAUAUUACCAGCUCUUACCUAUAUUAAAUUACACAUUAUAUAAAUAAUUAAAGUGUUUUAAUAUAAUAUAAAAUAGUUAUAAAAUCUACACUAUAAAUGUAUAAUGAAUAUAAUAUAUUGUAGGGCACCAAAUAAUUUCUGUUUUAAAAAAAUAUAUAAAUAAAAAUACAUAUAAAAAUAAAAAUUAAUUAAUUAAAGACGUCGCCUGGAAUAUAAUACACCUAUCAUAAUACCCAUUUAUUACUUUUUAAUACUCUAUUUAUUUAUUUAUUUUUCAUUUUCAUGCAUACAUUUUUUAAUUAUAUAUUUAUUUACGAGUAUUAACCAUUUUAAUAAUUUUGUUUUUAUUUUAUUAUUUUAUUAAAUAAUUUUUGUUGUUAGGGUCCUAAAGUUGUAGUUGCACCACUGGUAGAACUAUUCAGCAUAUUCAAUAUCUACCUCAUAAAUAUAUAGAAAACUGUUUGUUCUGAAAGGCGAUCACGAGCCGUGAUAUGUUGAGCUCGUGUAAACAAAGCAGUCAGUGGAAAUGUGUUAUGUAUAUUUAUGUGUGUGGUGAGAAAAAAAAACCGUAUACCUACACUUAUAGGUACCUGUUUGUAGAAGGAAUAACCAAAUACAACAACCCACCUACGGUAUCUGUUAUAUGAGUUUGAAAUAUUAAAAAUGUAAAUAAGUUGAGAGUGAAUAAGAAAAAUGUAAGUGCUUCUGUUGAGCGAACCCAGAGAAGUGGCGCAUGUGGUGCUGUUAUACGUUCCACAAUUUCUCACUUUAGCGACUUCCACUUGAUCGCCACAAUAACUCAAAAUAAAGCGCCUAUGUAUGGGUAACACACGUAAUCAAUACUAUGCACUUAAGUGGCAACGCUGUUUAAGUGAUGUUAUUCGCGAUAGAACUGGUAGUUGUACCUACUACGUCACCUUGAUCGUUUAUUUUAUGUAUACUAAAUAUUCAAUGUAUUACACUUAAUAACACCCCUCCCGUGGUUGAAGAAUAAAUAUAUGCUUCAACCCUCUUUAAUAAUUUAUUUUUUUUAUACUUGAUAUAAUUAUAUUAUCAUAACAUCGCGUUUUUUUAUUUUACAGCCCAGAAAAUGAUGGCUACAUAGAUAAUAGUACCUUACUCAUGGCUAUGUUUAUAUUUAUGAUAAUCUUAUUGCUGUUUCCGAGUGUUGGUGAUUAUUUAUAUUUUUAUUGGCUUCAUGUAACUUUUGACAUCUUUUUCAAAAUAUAUGGUUUUAUAGCGGCGUUUAAUGUAAUAUAUAAACAAUCUAAAUUUAUAAUGAAAUAUUACUUAAACACUGGUAAUGGUACAACAGUUUGGUUAAAAAUGGUAAGAAUUUAUUUAAAAAUAUAUUUUUUGAUAUUAAUCCAGUCUUUAAUUUUAGGUUUAAGCUCCGGUCCAAUUCCUGGCCUAAAUGAAGUAGAAUCUUCGAAACAACUGUAGAAUGCAUUAAUUCAAUAUCAAUUCAGAUUCACAUUCAGCUGCAAUCGUAAAAAAAAUUCUUUAAAAUAAUGCAAUGAAAUUGCAGUAGUUAAUAUGUAGUUAUUAUUAAACUAAAUAAUAAAUUAAAGUUCUAACGAAUUAAUAGUUUACUUCAAUGUUUUUUAACAUUUUAUCCACACAUACAUUGCUUGAUUAUAAAUUGACUGAAUACAUUUAUCUUGAAAAAUAUUAGUUAAUUUUAUUGUAAACUACUGUACCUAUACUCGUAGAAUAACAAUACAAGGUAGGGGAAUGUUUUAUAAUAAGUACUUAGGAUAAAUAAUAAAUAAUAUUAUAAUUUUAAUACUUUAAUUACUAAUGUUUAGUUUGAUUUAUUUAAUCUUAAUGUAAUAUUUUUUUAUAAUGAUUACUUUCUCUUUUAUACAAUCAAACAAUAGUUUUCUUUUAGACGAUAGUCACGAUUAGUAGAUAAAAUAUAACUAAAGCCAAGAGAAUGAUUUAAAAUUAAAUAAUAAAAAGUUUGAAUAUUGUGGAAUAUUAUUAUAAUCAGUUUCGGUUAUAUAUUUUGAUAACAACAAUAUCAUUUUCUUCUAAUCAUGUCAGUCAAUAUUACAGACUAAGUAACAGAGUAGCUGUAGAUUAUAAUAUUAUAACUAUAGACUUCUAAUAUUGAUGUACAGAUGUUUCAUUAUGGAUAUUAUAAUAUUGAUAUCAAUAGCCGUGCUGCGAAGCAAUGAACUGGUAGUGAAUGAGUAUUGGGUUAACGGGGUUGUGGUACUGAAUACUGAUCAUUAGGGCCCGGAACUUGAUGACCUAAAAAAACAUGAACAAAUGCACGAAAAAAAUGCAUACAAUUGUUAAAAAUGACUUUGCAAAUGUAUUUAAACUGUAAAAAUUAGAGGAGGUUAAAUUAAAAAAAAUUUACAGGAAAAUACAAAAUAUAAUAAAAUAAUACAUAUUAUGGCAAUAUUUUCUUAUCAUUAAAUGAAAACACAAAUAAAAUAUGACAGGUUUGUGAUAGGAUAAUAUUAUGAACCGAUUAGUACUGGCCUAUGCGGCGCAGUAGUAGUCGUCACUAGCUAAAUAUAAACAUAUAUUCAUUAUUAUAUUCUUUGUUAUCUAUAGGUUAAACAUAUCUUAUAAUUCCGUUCAACAUUUCGGCGAUUUUAGUUUUAUAUUUUUUUUUUUUUUUAAAUUUGAAUUUAAGUAAUUAAUAUAACAUAUUUAAAUAGAACUAUAGCUCAAACUUAAAAUGCUUUAACAAAAAUAUUGCACCUACAAUACCUACAAAAAGUAGAAAAAUGUAUAGAAUGUACUAAAAUAGCUAAAAAAUAAUGGAUCCAAUCUAUACCCUACCGUACAGCCUACGAAAAGCAUAAAUAAUAAAUACAUGAAUAGAGCAUUUGACCAUAUCAAGAGAUAAUUAUUACAAAAAUGUAUACGCCACAUAUGUAAUAUAUAUAACUAUACAAUAUACUAUAAAAAAAAAACUGAAGAAAAACGGAAAAUGUACAAAUAAUGUAGGUAUUACUAAAAAACUAUUACGGCCUUCUUUUCUUUCCUAUGAACAAAUUUUCUACCAGCAAUUUUGUUUCGUUUUACAAUGAUAACAAUUUUUCUAAAAAUAAAUCUGACUAGUAAGGUACUUUAAGGUAGUCAUUUUUUGAUUUUCCCAGAAGUUUUCUUAAUAAAUAAGACGAGUUUUUUUCAAUAAUAAUUAAUAAAUUUAUUUAUUAUAUCUUGUUUAAUAAUAAAAAUACUAAAGUAUUCAUGUCAAUGCUUUGGUAAUCUGAUGUUUUUUUCAAUGUUUUUCAAGCUAAAAAAACAUUCAGAUUCAAUACAUGUAUGCAAAACGUUUAGCAGAAUAUAAAAAUAUUGAAGAGAUUAUUAUGAAUAUUUGAAUAAAAUAACAUUGUUCUAAUUUACUUACAGAGAGCAUAAAUUAUUUUUAAAAGUCACAAGAUAAUUUAUUUUAUUUAAAUAGUAUAUAAAGUGUAGUGUAAGCAUUAUAACUGUAUUUAUAAUAAUGUAUAAACACUUGUUUCUUAUGACAACAUAAUAAUUUUAAAAUAUAUUACCAAAUAAUGUUUUAUUAAAACAUACACCAGACAAACAAAAAAUAAAUGAAUAUCUCUUUUGUUAAAAAUGAAGUUGGGAUAAGUAAAUUAAAUUCAUUUAAAAUAAGAUUAAAUAAUUAAAAUAAUUUUCUUAAGAGUACAAUAAUAUUUUAAAAUUAGAUUACAAAGAAAAAAAAAUAAGUGAUUGUUGGUUUUAUACUAUGGUUUAGUUAUUGACUUAAAAAUAAGUGUAUUCUCCAGACCAGGUUGUUGAUUUAAUUUUAAACUGGGCCUUUAGUUAAACGAAUUAGUUAAUGGGACAAAAAUAAUAUGUAGAGAAAUUUCUGUUUCUUUAAUCAUCAAUUUUAAUAGAUAGUGAAAAGAAAACUCACUAGUUUAAUAUUAGUUAAGGUAAUAUUAUUAAAUCAUUUUUUUUUUUAAUCAAAUUCGUUUUUACUAUAUGAUAUGGUAUGUUAAUAUUGAUAUUUAAAAUAAUAAAACCAGCUUAUUUUGGAGAAAUAAACACAACAUGUACACUUAUAAAAGAGGAAGAUUUAAGUAUACUAAUUUAUGAAGAAGAGAUAGCUGACUGAUGGAAAAAAUAUGUAGAAUCCCUAUAUGAAGACAAUAAUCUAAAUUUAUUAAUCCAAAGGCAAUAAAAUGAAGACUCAUAUGAAAAUACAACAACUUACAACUUUAAAAAUAAUAAUAAUAUAUUUGCAACAAUAAUAUACAAUAGGUACAUUUUAGGUUCAUUUAAUUUUUACAAUAAGGCAGCACUCCCUAAAAGAUGGGCUUGUACUGAGGAAGUCAUUCUUAUCAAUUUCCAAAAUACGUAAAACUGGUCAAAUAAACAAAAAUUGUCAAUUGUAUAAUUAUAUAAUAAUAAUAAAAGAAAAAUCUAAAUAUAACUUACAAUAAUCUAGACUUAUAUACAAACUAAAAUUUAAAUACUGGACAGAUCUAGGUGUUUCACAUAUAAUUUAAACAACUCAAAACUUUUAAAAUGAUCAAUAUUAAUAUUUAAUAACAAUAUAAUCUUAAUCCAGUGCCUAAAACACUAUUUUAUCAAAUUCUUUUUUAUAUGUAGUAAAUUUAUAUUAAUAUUCUACAACUAUUAAAACUUUGUUAAGAUCGAAAUUUGAAUAUGCAUUAAGAAUCAUGAAAACAAAUAAAGCACUUCUACCAGACAUCAUAAAUACAAAACUACUUCAACAUUUGGAACAAAAAUAAUAGAAGAGUUAUUAUAAAUUAAUAUGUACGACAUAAAAACCAUUAUUAUGGGUUUUGUAUAGAAAAAAUUAAUUCUAGGAGGCCAAAUUAUUAUUAUAUCUUAUUUGAAUUUGUGUGCAUGGAGCGAAAGAGGCAUACUUAUCUUAAUAUAACUUUGUAUACUUUCUCAUUAAGGAAAUGGCAAUAAUAAGAUUGUACUAUUUUUUUUUACUCCUAGUGUUAAAAUAAGAUUAAUAAUAAUUACUUCAAAUUUAAUAAAUAUUGAAAGAGAUUGUUUAUUAAAAGUUGAAGGUAAUAUAAUUGAAUUAAAAUCUGGAAAAUAUACUAUAGAUGAAUGAAAUAAAAUAGUUAAACCAUUAAUAAUUUCUAUAGAAAGGGAUAAAAUUUAUAUCAAAUCUAAUGGUUUUUUUUUAAAUUAGAUGAAAAAUUAAAUAAAUAUUUAUGUUUUGAUCUUGAAAAAGAUAUGUAUUUUAACACAAUGAAAAAUACUACAGUUGGAUAUUUUCCAUUAAAAUGUAUAUCACCUAAUCCGGAAGAUGAGAUUAUACAAACUAAUCAAGAAUGUAAAUGUAUUAUUAGGAGAAAUUGAUAUAUACCAACGAAUAUAUUAACAGUUGGAUUGUAUUCAUUAAAAUCUCCUGAAAAAAUAUUUAAUAGUUACCCAGAAAAAUGUCUAAAUAAAACCACAAAAGUUACACUUGAAAGCAGAUUAUUAAAAAUAUCAUCUCCAUUUAAUAUUGGGUUUGAUUCAUAUUUAUCUGAUUGUCUAGGUUUUGAAUAUAAAAUAAAUGAUAAUGAUGUUACAAAACAGAGAUUAAUUAUCUCUAUAAUAAAUUAGAACAAUUUUUAUUUGAACAUUAAAAAUUGAACUUAAUUGAAAUUAAUCAUUGAACUUUAAUUGUUAAAUAUUGAAUAACAAAUAUCAGUUAAUGAAAAUUUAUUGAAAAAAUGUAUUUUUCUAUAAUAAAUGAGAACACUUGAAAAAAUUCAAAACAAUCUUAAGAAAAAAAUUAAAAGUGGAUUAAACUUAAAAAAAAUCUAAUAAAAUACAAAAAAACAGUACAUUUUGAAGAGAAAAAAGAAGCAACAGAAGCAGAGAUUAAUAAAACAAUUAAUCUUAAAAAAAAUUGCAAAAAAUAUAUAGAAAUGAAGCAGAGAAAAAACUAAAUGAUGAAAUAGAAAAACAAAAAGCAUUUGAACCUAUUACCAAAGGAUUAAAAAAUGUCGAAGAAGCUGUCAGAAAAACCAAUGAUGAUAUUAAAUCAUUUUUAAUUUCUGUGAAACCGUUAACACAAGCAUCAGAUUUUAUUACCAAACAACAAAACAUGAUACGAGAUAGACUUAGAAACAGAAUUUUAAAAUUCAAUUAUUAA